AUGAGGAACUUGGUUCAAAAGUACCUCUGCAGGAGGAGCUGCUUCCCCCGUUUCUGCACCAAGAGGAACAUUUGCACCCUAAGUCAGAAGAGAAAUUUCUCUGCAUAUCAAAUAUACACGGACGGGCUCAUCCACUCGGAAUUCUCAACCGAAUUAAAAACGACAAAUGAAGUGAACAGACUUCCUAUUUUCCGCAUACUAGAUACGGAAGGGAAUUUAUUAGACGGUCAUAGUGCUCCCUUUAGCGAUGAAGAAGUAGUGAACCUAUACAAACAGAUGGUUGAGUUUUCAAUAUGGGAUGAAAUAUUUUAUGGCAUUCAAAGACAAGGCAGAAUUUCUUUUUACAUUGUAAAUGAUGGAGAAGAGGGGAUCCAGUUUGGGUUGGGAAAAGUUCUCACCCCAGAUGACCACCUAUACUGUCAAUACAGAGAAACAGGCAUUUUACUGUCCAGGGGAUUUGAUUACCCUGACAUUAUUAACCAACUAUUUGGGAACAAAUAUGAUGAAGGGAAAGGAAGACAAAUGUGUAUUUGCUACACUAGUAAGAAAUUAAACAUACACACCAUUACAACUCCUUUAGCAUCCCAAUUAUCUCAUGCUGCCGGUUGUGGUUAUGCCUUGAAAUUGAAAAAUCAGAAAGCUGUUGCUGCUACGUUUUGUGGGGAUGGUUCUUCAUCGGAAGGAGAUUUCUAUGCCGCUCUAAAUUUUGCAGCCGUAAGAGAAUCCCAAACCAUGUUUAUUUGCAAAAAUAAUCUCUAUGCUAUAUCUACUUCUAUAAAAGAUCAGUACAGAGGUGAUGGUAUAGCUCCUCGAGCACUAGCUUUAGGUAUAGAAUCCGUUAGGGUUGAUGGAAAUGAUUUAUUCGCUACCUAUUUAGCUGCAAAAAAAAUGAGAGAAAUUUGCACUGAACAGUCUAAACCUGUCUUUAUGGAAUUUAUGGCCUACAGAUAUGGCCACCAUAGUACCUCAGAUGAUUCCACGCUUUACAGACCAAAGGAAGAAAAUGAUGCUUGGAAAAAGGAUGGGGUCCAUCCAAUAAGCAGACUAUUCCUUUACUUAAAGAAUAAAAAUUUGUACACAGAGGAGGAUGACAAACUGCACAGAAAAGCCGUCAAAGAAAAAGUUCUCAAGGAAUUGAAGAAACAUGAAAGCAUUAAGAGGUACAAUAUUGUAGGUGGCCUCUUUGAAAAUGUGUACCACGAGGAGGACUGGAAUUUAAAGGAGCAAAGGGAAAACUUUGAGGAGUUUUUCAAGCAACAUAAAAACUGCUACGACACGUCCAAGUUUGAAAGUUAG